AUGUCUACUCAAGAUGAUGGCAGUAAACACUCAGUAUCUGGAAUUGAAGUCGAUGUCAUGCUCAUGGCUCAGGAGCUUCGACUUCAACAUAAGCUGGAUACUUUGGAUAAGCAUGAUGAACUUCAUAUCAAAGCUCAGUCUGAUACGUUCAAUAAUGAAAUCACGGAGCUACGGAUGGUUGCGAAGGAAAGGCAUGUUCUAUUUGUUAAGGAUGUCAAGACAAUCAGAGAAGAUGUGAAUAGAAAGUUGGAAGAAUUGAAGUUUGAUGUGGCCAAAGAGAUCAAUUAG